UGAAUCGACAACACACCCGGAAGUCAUGCGCUGCUUAGGUCCAAUUUACGAAUGUCCAUGAACGCAUCGUCUUGAGAGCAGCUGACUGAUCAGUCUGAAUAUCCACAGUGAGACAUUUUGCGGAGAGAUAAUUUUAUUGGUGUCAUCUCUUCCCUCGAUUAAGCCACUCAUUUCAAGAAGACAUCCUGGAAGCACUCGGAGAACCGCGGAUAUCAACGCGGCAAGGAUGCUUUGUGACCCGCUGCAGGUGUGAAGAGAUGGCGGGGGAGCCGCCGGUGGGCACCGGCCGAGUGGUGCUUGUCAAGAAGAUCAUCAUGAAGGACGGAUCCGUGCUCCAGCAGGGUAUAGGCCGACCGAGUGUGUACCAUGCAGUGGUGGUAAUCUUCCUGGAGUUCUUUGCCUGGGGUUUGCUGACCACACCUAUGCUCACAGUGCUCCAUGAAACAUUCCCCCAGCAUACUUUCCUGAUGAAUGGACUCAUUCAAGGCGUGAAGGGUCUUCUGUCGUUCAUGUCUGCUCCUCUGAUUGGUGCAUUGUCGGAUGUGUGGGGGAGACGGUCUUUCCUAUUGGUCACGGUCUUCUUCACCUGUGCCCCUAUCCCCCUCAUGAGACUCAGCCCCUGGUGGUACUUUGCCAUGAUCUCCAUGUCUGGAGCGUUCUCCGUCACCUUCUCGGUCAUCUUUGCGUACGUUGCAGAUGUGACAGAUGAACGAGAGAGGAGCACAGCUUACGGUCUGGUGUCUGCUACAUUUGCUGCUAGCCUGGUGACCAGCCCAGCAAUCGGGGCGUACUUGUCAGCCUGGUAUGGAGACAACCUGGUGGUCCUGGUGGCCACAUUGAUCGCCCUCGCUGACAUCUGCUUCAUCCUGUUGGCCGUGCCCGAGUCUUUGCCAGACAAGAUGAGGCUCAAUACUUGGGGAGCACCGAUAUCCUGGGAGCAAGCUGAUCCCUUUGCUUCUCUGAGGAAGGUGGGCCAGGACACCACAGUUUUACUCAUCUGUAUCACCGUGUUCCUCUCUUACUUGCCAGAGGCUGGACAGUACUCCAGCUUCUUCCUCUACCUGAGGCAGGUUAUAAAUUUCUCCUCUACAACCAUUGCUGUGUUUAUUGGGGUUGUGGGCAUUCUAUCCAUUGUAGCACAGACCCUUCUACUCACAUUGCUGAUGAGGACUCUGGGUAAUAAAAACACUGUUCUCUUGGGUUUGGGCUUCCAGAUCCUUCAGUUGGCCUGGUACGGCUUUGGAUCAGAGCCAUGGAUGAUGUGGGCAGCUGGUGCUGUGGCAGCCAUGUCCUCCAUCACCUUCCCCGCAGUCUCAGCUCUGGUGUCACAGUCUGCAGAUCCCGAUAAACAAGGUGUAGUCCAGGGGAUGAUCACUGGGAUCAGAGGCUUGUGUAACGGUCUGGGUCCAGCUUUGUAUGGAUUCAUCUUCUUCCUCUUCAAUGUGGAGCUCAACAGCAUGGACCCCAUCCAGGGAGAUUUUGACCCCCUGCCUCUGCACAGUCCCACUGAGCAAUCUCUCAUCCCCGGCCCGCCUUUCCUUUUGGGAGCUUGCACCGUGGUUGUCGCCUUCCUGGUUGCGCUCUUCAUACCGGAGAAACCGCCCUCUGCUGCCGCGUCCUCUCCGCUCCCUCUUAGCGAUAAGCCCCGUCCAGGCAGCAAAGAGUCGCUGUCCUCUCUGGCAGGCAUCCACAUCAACACACCUCUCCCGGGCAGCGACGAAGAAUCUCCUCCCGCCACAAGCGAGGAGGACUUUGAGCCUCUGCUGCAGGACAGUAUCGUUUGAUGGACCACAGCGUGCGGAACUAACAUUGUGAUUAACAUUUUGUUCAAAAGGGAGGAGAGCACAUUUUAUUUGCGGUGUAAUGAGCUGUUGAUUGUCUUGUUGUUAUGAUUGACAGCAGGAAGCGCCAAUAGCGUUGUUGCUUUGCCGGAGGGCAUGGCAUUUUACUGGACGGACCAGUUUAAUGCGGCAGCUGCAAAGUGCUCCCAAUGUGAAGCCAUUGCUUAACUGGAUCAAGGCAGCGAUUUGAUUUGACCGAACGAAAGCCAGCUUUUCAUACACGUUCAAGAAGGCAAAACAAAGUUUGAAAAGUCAUGUUGUCAAAAGAAGAUUCAUUCAACCACACUCCUAAAUGUCCAAAUACUUAUGUAACCAACAUAAUAGUAUGCUGUUCAAAGAAAGUGGAUGACUGCUUUUCCUGAAAUUGUUCAUAUUCAAAUACAGUUGGUCCUUGGGUUAGGCGAUGCAAGUUGAGUUUUGGCCCAAUUUGGACCUUAUUAUAUUGUCAAUUAACAGUCAUAGAAAGAUUAAUCGAGAUCAAUUAGACUAAUACAGAGACAACAACUCUCUUUGUAACAGCGUCUCUGAUGAUGUUCAUUUUCACUCCCACGGUGAUGGCUUUCCUUUUCUUUGGUCGCUUGGGACAUAAAAUGAAGUGUAAAAAGUUCACCAACAAGCGAUGUUUAUCCGCCCAGAAGGAGGCACACAUGGCGUGUAAACCGAGGACCACAUGUACUAUAAUAACACUAUAAUGUCACAGAUGUAUGCUACCAACUUGUGAAUGUACUCCCAGUAUUUUCUCACCAAAGUCAUUCCAACACAUAAAAAUGUCCGUAAAUCUGGUUUGAACGUCCUCCUAAAUGCCAUGUUUGGACCAUUUGCUCCUUGAGGAGGAAAUAUGGAACACUUGGACUGUAGUGACCAGUUACAGUGUACAUAAUGACUUGCUUUAAGACCUUCAAAUGGAACUGAACACGAGCCAUGGGUCUGGUCUUCUUGCUUGGAGUUGGGAUUAGACUCCGUAACACUGAAAGGUUAUAACCAUCGUAGAGACCUUUUAAUGGUGUUUAACUGACAACCCAAAAUAUGUUCUCAUCACCUUCUAUUUUGAAAUCAUCAAAAUCAAAUAGUUUAUCUCUCCCAGGAAUGAUGAUUGUAUUUAGGAGGAAAUUGUCCAAACCCAUAACAUAAUUCCGAUGAAAGUGUUAUUUGAUUGUGACCCACGGCACUGAAAGGGUCUCAAUGCUGUAAAUGUUGUACAUAGAUUCAAUGUUUGUCAUGAAACCAAAUGUACAUGGGAUUGACUUUAAAUGUAUGUUUUUUCUGAAUGUGUUAAGAAAAAAACAAGUUGUUGGUUAGUAGAAAUUAAAAGAGAACACACCUGA